CCGCGCGGGCGAGUGACAGAUUGCACACGUGUGAACCGCGAAAAUCCUAAGAAGGCGGUUAUAGGCAUUGCCGUGGUGUGUCGCGCAAGGUGAAGUUUUCUACUUGUCUGCCUGCCCCUACAAAAAAACAAAAACCAAAAACAAAAACUGCAAACCCUAAUAAGUUCCAGACAGUGAGCCACAAACCCCUUUGGCCCCAAAAUCGCCGUCACUCACCUGAAUCCAAAGCCAUGCAAUUCUCUCAGGACGACUUCGAUCGCCUUUUGCUCUUCGAGCACACUCGCAAAACUGCCGAAGUUAACUACGCCAAGAACCCUCUCGAUGCCGAUAAUUUAACUAAAUGGGGAGGAGCGUUGCUCGAACUAUCGCAGUUUCAAAGCCUUGCAGAUUCGAAGGGCAUGAUUAAUGAUUCGAUUUCGAAGUUGGAGGAGGCUUUGCAAAUAAACCCCGCGAAGCAUGAUGCACUAUGGUGCCUAGGAAAUGCCCACACCUCUUUCGCAUUUCUGACCCCUGACCUCGACGAGGCAAGGCCUUAUUUUGAUAAGGCGUCUGAAUUUUUCCAAAAGGCUGCGGAUGAGGAUCCUGGUAACGAGCUUUAUCAGAAGUCCUUAGAAGUCACAUCUAAGGCACCUGAAUUACAUAUGGAGAUCCAUAAGCAAGGGAUGGGUCAGCAAAUUCUGGGUGGGGGACCUGCUGCUCCAUCAUCCAGUACAAAGACCAAGACCAAGAAGAGCAGUGAUCUGAAGUAUGACAUAUUUGGAUGGGUUAUCCUUGCAGUUGGCAUUGUUGCAUGGGUUGGAAUGGCGAAAUCCAACAUGCCACCACCACCACCCCCAAGAUAAGCUUUAUAUAUCUUAUGACUGAAGUAACCCUUCCAGUGCAUUUGGUUGAAGGUUAAUAUUUUCUUUAAGAUACUCAUCUGGUUGAGUUGUAGUAAUUCAAGUAAAUCAUGUGGUAUGCUAACUACAUGUUGAUUUUGACCAUAAAUUUUUCUGUGUUGCUAUUCUAAUUAGGAAUAUCAUUUUUAUAUGAGUUAA